CCAGCCACCCGCGGCGUUAGCACCUCGGAGCGGAGCGCAGCGCCGAGCCGCCUGUGGCCGCUGGAGACCACCCCGGCCCUCUGCCCUUGCUCCCGCUGGGGUCAGGUGCUGAAGAACAUUGUGAUUACAGGCAAGCUCCCUGAGAUGGUGACUGCCUAGCUUAACCAUGAACACGAUUCAAAAAUGUUAAUGUAUGAACCAAGACCAUGGGGAACUCAUACGCUGGGCAACUGAAAUCUGCUAGAUUUGAAGAAGCUCUACACAACUCCAUAGAAGCCUCACUCAGAUGUAGCAGUGUAGUCCCACGGCCAAUCUUUUCCCAGCUUUACUUGGACCCGGAUCAACACCCUUUCUCGUCUGCAGAUGUCAAACCCAAAGUGGAAGACCUAGAUAAAGAUCUAGUACACCGCUACACUCAGAAUGGCAGCCUGGAUUUUUCUAAUAAUGUAGCAAUUAAUGAAAUGGAAGAUGAUGAAGAUGAAGAAGAAAUGUCCGACUCAAACAGCCCACCAAUUCCCUAUUCACAAAAACCUGCCCCAGAAGGAUCUUGUACUACAGAUGGGUUUUGUCAAGCAGGAAAGGAUUUGCGUUUGGUAUCACUGUGUAUGGAACAAAUUGACAUCCCAGCAGGAUUCCUCCUGGUAGGGGCCAAGUCUCCCAAUCUCCCCGAACAUAUCCUAGUUUGUGCUGUGGACAAGCGAUUUCUACCAGACGACCAUGGGAAAAAUGCACUUUUAGGGUUCUCUGGAAACUGUAUUGGUUGUGGAGAAAGAGGAUUUCGAUAUUUCACGGAAUUUUCCAACCACAUCAACUUGAAGCUCACCACCCAGCCAAAGAAGCAGAAGCACUUGAAGUACUACCUAGUCAGAACCUCCCAGGGUGUGUUAUCAAAGGGGCCGCUCAUCUGCUGGAAAGAAUGUAGAAGCCGUCAGUCCUCUGCUGUUUGCCACUCCGCUAAGCCCAUUUCUUCAGUGUCGUCAACUGUGACUCCAGAGACUGGGACAGCUAACGGAUACAAAGCAGGCUUCACUCAGACAGAUUCGCCGACUCUCAGUCCAGCUAAUUCUUCAAUCAAUUUAAGUGGCGCUCAGGACCUGACCUGGAAUAAGAAUGUUGUGAAACCACUGCCUUUAUCUUUGCAGGUUGUAGGAAAGACUUUUGUUUCAGAAGCAGCAAAUGGGACCAGUAGCCAUGGAGGAAAGAGUGGCACCUCCAGUUCCACUCCAUCCCGCCCAGGGAACUACUCUUUGUCACCAAGACCUAGCUACACAUCCAUAGACCAAGCUAACAUGUUCAUUUCUGGCCCACCUAAGAAACGACACCGGGGAUGGUAUCCUGGGUCACCUGUCUCCCAAUCUUCUCUAGUUGUGCCUGUUCCCACAGUCCGUCCUCUUUCAAGAACUGAGCCCCUCUUAUCUACCCCAGUUCCACAGACCCCCUUAACUGGAAUUCUCCAGCCUCGGCCUGUCCCUGCAGGGGAAACGGUGAUUGUUCCUGAAAACCUGCUGAGUAACUCAGGAGUCAGACCAGUGAUCCUGAUAGGCUACGGAACUUUACCCUAUUUCUAUGGAAAUGUUGGUGACAUUGUUGUGAGUCCUCUGCUGGUGAAUUGCUACAAGAUUCCACAGUUGGAAAACAAAGAUCUGGAGCAAUUAGGGUUGACUAGCACCCAACCCCUGAGUGUGGAAAAUAUGAUCCUUCUGACUAUACAGUAUCUUGUGCGGUUAGGUCAUGACCAGAUACCUCUCAGGGAAGAAUUUGAGCAAAUCAUACUGAAAGCUAUGCAAGAAUUCACUGUGAGAGAACGGGUCCUGCAGAUGGGUGCUCCGUGUGCACCCGUGUCACCGGGACAGCUCCCCUGGCUCGCUAGGUUAGCUGCCAGCGUGUCUCAAGACACGGUUCAUGUCAUUGUGACCCAAAACUCUCUGGCAGAGGGCAUUUCAGAGACACUGAGGCUCCUCAGUGAAAUCAAACACUAUCAGAGGCUGCCGGAUUAUGUUGUAGCAAUCUGUGCAUCGAAAAUCAGAGGGAAUGAAUUUUGUGUGGUGGUAUUAGGGCAGCGUCAGUCCCGGGCUCUGGCAGAAAGCAUGCUUACCACAAGUGAGUUUUUGAAAGAAAUUAGUUAUGAGCUCAUCACAGGAAAGGUCAGUUUCCUGGCAUCGCAUUUCAAAACCACCUCAUUAGGUGACGACCUGGACAAGCUGCUAGAAAAAAUACAACAAAGAAGAGGAGACAGUGUGGUCACCCCUUUUAACGGUGACCUUAAUGAGUGUGUGUCACCUCAGGAGGCUGCUGCUAUGAUCCCCACACAAAACCUGGAUGUAGAUAACGAAACCUUCCAAAUUUAUCAACCACAGCUCACAGUUGCCAGAAGACUCUUGUCCCAGGUGUGUGCAAUCGCGGACAGUGGCAGCCAGAGCCUGGACCUUGGCCACUUUAGCAAAGUGGACUUCAUCAUCAUCGUCCCACGAUCAGAGGUUCUGGUCCAGCAAACUCUCCAACGAGUUCGACAAUCAGGUGUCCUUGUAGACCUGGGUCUGGAGGAAAAUGGGAUGGCUCAUCAGAGAGCAGAAAAAUAUGUUGUUCGCCUGGACAAUGACAUUCAAAGCAAGUUUGAAGCUUUUAUGAGAAGGGUGAAACAGAAUCCAUACACACUGUUUGUGCUGGUCCAUGACAACUCGCAUGUGGAGCUAACGAGUGUGGUGUCAGGCUCUCUGUCACACGGUGAGCCGACUCACGGACUAGCAGAUCGAGUCAUUAACUGCAGAGAAGUUCUCGAAGCUUUCAACCUCCUGGUGCUCCAGGUGAGCUCCUUCCCCUACACCCUGCAGACCCAGCAGUCUCAGAUCAGCUCCAGCAAUGAGGUCCACUGGGUCCAACCAGACACGACGGAGGAUGUGGGCUACGAGAAGCUGUACUUUGGCUUGAAUGAGUACAGCAAGUCCCUGCAGUGGGGGAUCACCAGCCCACUCCUGAGAUGCGAUGAGACCUUCGAGAAGAUGGUGAGCACGCUCUUGGAGAGGUACCCCAGGCUGCAUAGCAUGGUCGUACGCUGCUACCUUCUCAUCCAGCAGUACUCAGAGGCCCUGAUGGCUCUCACCACCGUGGCGUCACUCCGAGAACACAGCACCCCAGAAACGCUCAGCAUUAUGGAUGACCUUCUCAGCUGCCCGGGAAAAAACAAAAGCGGGAAGGGACACAUGCUCAUCAUCAGGGUGCCCUCCGUGCAGCUGGCGAUGCUGGCCAAAGAGCGUCUGCAGGAGGUGCGAGACAAGCUUGGUCUGCAGUACCGCUUUGAGAUCAUCCUGGGGAACCCGGCCUCUGAACUCCAUGUCGCAACUCACUUUGUGGCACGAUUAAAGGUCUGGAGAGGAAUCGAUCAGGAAGAGUGGAUUCCCAGAACAUACCAAGACUUGGAAGGUCUGCCCUGCAUAGUGAUAUUAACCGGCAAGGACCCUCUAGGAGAAACUUUUCCCGGGUCUCUAAAGUACUGUGACCUACGAUUAAUCGACUCAAGCUACUUAACUCGCACAGCCUUGGAGCAGGAGGUGGGCCUAGCAUGCUGCUAUGUCUCAAAAGAGGUCAUCCGGGGCCCGGCUGCUGCCCUGGACCUCAGUGGGAAAGAGGCAGAGAGGGCUCCCACCAGCGAGAAUGAUUCUGAGGAGCUGCUCAUCGAUUUGGAGCGACCGCAGAGUAACAGCAGCGCUGUCACAGGAACCUCAGGUUCCAUCAUGGAGAACGGGGUGAGUUCCUCUAGCACAGCCGACAAACCCCAGCAGCAGCCUCUGACCCCCAGCUUCCAGAGCCCCACCCCCAGCAUGCGGCUGGAUGAAGGAGUCUCGGCCAGCAGUGCGGCAGCCGCGGCGGGGGAGAGCCUGAAGCAGGAGUGUGACUCCCUGAGCCUGCCGAUGGCCAGCAGCACUACCUCCAAGCCUUCUUCGUCCUCAUCCUCGAGCGCCCAGGCUCUUGCGUGGUCAGGGCAGCCCCCCAGAGGCUGCCGGGGCCUGCACACAGCCCUGCCCCCGGUGGUGAUCUUAUCCAAGGCGGCGUACAGCCUGCUGGGAUCCCAGAAGGGCGGCCGGCUGCCGCCCUCCUCCUCCCUGCUGCCCCACGCCGAUGUGGCCUGGGUGAGCUCCCUGCGGCCAGGCCUGCACAAGGACAUGAGCAGCGAGGAGCAGUCCCUUUACUACCGCCAGUGGACCUCGGCCCGGCAGCACCAUGCUGACUUCGGCAACCAGCCAGACCCCGCCUCAGGCGCCCGGAGCGUGCACCCCAGGCGGCUGCUGCUCACUGGACCCCCCCAGGUGGGGAAGACCGCCUCCUAUUUGCAGUUCCUUAGGAUUCUCUUCCGCAUGCUCAUCCGGCUCCUGGAGGUGGACGUGUAUGACGAGGAGGAGAUCAACGCAGAUCACAAUGAAACCAGUGGAGUGAGCCAGUCAGAGGGAGAUCCCUGGCCUGACAUUGAGACUUUCAGCAAAAUGCCUUUCGACAUCAGUGUGCACGAUCCCAAGUACAGUGUGAUGAGCUUGGUCUACACUGAGAAGCUGGCUGGGGUCAAACAAGAGGUGAUGAAGGAGUGCAGAGCUGAGGAGCCCCGGAAGCGAGAAACCGUGUCUAUGAUGCUGACGCAGUAUGCGGCCUACAACACCUUCCACCACUGCGAGCAGUGCCACCAGUACAUGGACUUCACGCCCAGCUCCCAGAUGUCUGACUCUACCCUGCAUGCGUUCACAUUUUCUUCCUCUAUGCUGGGAGAAGAAGUCCAGCUCUAUUUCAUCAUCCCCAAGUCCAAAGAGAGUCAUUUUGUCUUCAGCAAGCAGGGCAGACACCUGGAAAGCAUGCGGUUGCCGCUGGUUUCAGACAAGAAUCUAAAUGCAGUCAAGAGCCCUAUUUUCACUCCUUCCAGUGGCCGCCACGAGCACGGACUCCUAAACCUUUACCAUGCCAUGGAGGGCAUCAGCCAUCUCCACCUCCUAGUGGUCAAAGAGUACGAGAUGCCACUGUACCGAAAGUACUGGCCCAACCACAUCAUGCUGGUGCUUCCGGGCAUGUUCAAUAACGCAGGCGUGGGUGCUGCGAGGUUCCUCAUUAAGGAGCUGUCAUACCAUAAUCUAGAACUGGAAAGGAAUCGCCUGGAGGAGCUGGGUGUCAAACGGCAGUGCGUCUGGCCUUUCAUCGUUGUGAUGGAUGACUCCUGUGUCCUAUGGAACAUCCACAGUGUUCAGGAGCAAACCAGCCAGCCCACAGAAGCAGGAAUUUCCAGCAAGAAUGUGUCCUUGAAGACUGUCUUGCAGCAUAUUGAAGCCACACCGAAAAUUGUGCACUAUGCAAUCCUGGGUAUCCAGAAAUGGAACAGCAAGCUGACGUCUCAGAGCCUGAAGUCCCCGUUCUCAAGAUGUCACGUGCAUGAUUUCAUUCUCCUCAAUAUAGACCUGACUCAGAAUGUACAGUAUGACUUCAACAGGUAUUUCUGUGAAGAUGUCGACUUUAACCUAAGGACAAACAGCAGUGGGCUGCUCAUCUGCCGCUUCAAUAGCUUCAGUCUCAUGAAGAAGCGUGUUCAGGUCGGAGGGCAAAGGGACUUUAUCGUUAAACCAAAAAUCAUGGUUUCAGAGAGCUUGGCUCCCAUCUUGCCCCUCCAGUACGUCUGUGCUCCGGACAGUGAACACACUCUACUGGCAGCUCCCGCACAGUUCCUCCUGGAGAAGUUCCUUCAACACGCCUCAUAUAAACUCUUCCCCAAAGCCAUCCAUAACUUCAAGAGUCCUGUACUGGCCAUCGACUGCUACCUUAACAUUGGACAGGAGGUAUCCAUAUGCUACAUCAGUUCCAGACCCCACUCCAACAACGUCAAUUGUGAAGGGGUGUUUUUCAGUGGACUUCUCUUGUACCUCUGUGACUCUUUUGUAGGUGCUGAUCUUCUUAAGAAAUUCAAGUUUCUAAAAGGUGCUACCCUGUGUGUCAUCUGCCAAGACAGAAACGCCUUACGGCAAACAAUUGUUCGCUUAGAGUUGGAGGAUGAAUGGCAGUUCCGCCUCCGGGAUGAGUUUCAAACUGCUAACAGCAGCGACGACAAGCCUCUCUACUUUCUUACUGGACGCCACAUAUGAGUUUUUGAAGAGACCAAAAACAACAAACAUCCCUAAAUGGAGUGGGACAACAAUUAUUGGGGAUUUUUUUCCUUUAAAGUACAAUCACUGUGGAGCAAAGUGCAACGUAUUUAUGUCUUCUCCAAAGAGCUCCCCAAAUGUGACCAAGGUCAUCUUUGGGGGCACCGUCCUUCUUCAGUUCUGCUGACAGGACCCAGGCUCAGGUCAAUGCCACAGUGGGCAGUUAUGCAAUUACAUAGGAUGUGCUCUGCCUGUGGGAACCUGAGGGUAUGUAUAUUCUGGAGAACAAACGUGGAGUUCGCAUUGUUUUUUUCAACUACACUAUGUUGAGGGGCAGGGGACUGACUGUCAGCAUUUGCCAGCUUGAAUGUGUUACAUGAGACUCACACCACUGGUGUGGAAUUAAUUGAAGAUUAACACUUGAGGCCUGAACCCUCAGUUUCUCUUCAGAUCUGUACUUUGGUACAGUAUUACUCAGGGGUCUGAAAUGAUAGAAUGUAGAGGAUAUUUGUAUUUAAAGAGAAGUAGCUUUGUCUUUCUCUGUGCAGUGUUAGUUUAAGAUUUAUAAUCUUAUAUAUAUCGAAACCUUUGGCAAAAUUUCCACAGGAGUCAAAAGUUUACUAUUUAAACAGAACAAAAAAAAAAAAAAAAAAAACAGUAAAUGCAGAGCAGGCACUGUGUGCAUUUAUGAAGGUUUUCUGAACUAAACUCCAUUGUGUUUCCCUUUCCAGUCUGUAAGCACACCACGUCUAACAGUGACUUGUGCACAAAACUAUGUGGACAAAUUAGCAUUCUGCAGAUACGCUACCCCACUGUGUUUUAGUUCAAAGUAAGCAGUUGGUACCUGAAAACCCACCCAUCAGGCUGGGAUUCUAUUGUGGAGUCAACUAGUCGAUUUAUGUGGCUCAGGCUAAGCAUUAUUUAAAAGACUACAACAGCUGGCUCAGGCUAAGCAUCAUUUAAAAGAUUGUUUAACAGCUGUCUUACACUGAUACACAAAAAUUAAUGAAAUAGGCAACAAAACCACAGACAAGUUGUCCUUAAUUUUAUCAGUAACAGUUUUCCCAAGGAGUAAGGAAGACUCCAUGAAGAGUGUUUUGGACUCAUUAAAAUCAGUGUAUGACUAGUAUCAAUAGUAGGAGGCGUACAUUUCUAUGUAUUUCUCAACAAAUAUUUUAAUCAGAAACACUGAGAAAAUAUCCUACAGUAAUCUAUUGAAAGUUUACACUUACAUUGUUCUACGUCAAGGUAUCUCUUCAGGUUUUUCCUCAGCCCAUGUGUAUCACUUAUCUGCAAGUUAAAAAUGGCCAUUUUUACUUGAAUCUGUCUUAGGACCUGAGACUACUGAAAGCCCUGCUGAGCCUGCAUUUACUGCAAAUGUUAGCUGGUGGGCUUGGUUAUCCAGGGAUAACAAGGAGUUUACAGUUAGUGAGAAGAUGGAAUGUAUUAGAUGGGAAUGGUUUGCAGAUCUCUUGGCUUUAAUAUAGCUACUUAUGUUUUAAAUGUAUUUUAAAUUGAUAAUUCCUUUUAACCCCAUUUUUAAUUGUCCUUCAAGAGGACCUGCCUUAUAUGCUUACUCCUUAACUUUAGUAGAAAAAGAAUUUUAGCAAAGAGGUACGUCCCAGGGCAGUCUGACUUAGAUAUGAAUGUAUCUAACUUGUUCCUGUUUUGCUGAAAGGGUCCAAUGCAGGUAAUAUCAAGAAAGCUACUGUUUGUGCAAUAUUCCAAUGACACUAUGUAGGGUAAAUGAAAUACUUGAAAUAAUUCCACAACUAUUGUGCCGGGGCAGAGGCCUCUUAGGAGAUCUUACUGGCUUUUUCAUUUUGAACUAAGUUACUUUAAUGCAGGUAUUCUGUGUUAGUUAUGGCUACCCUCUGGAAAUUCAAGUGAUCAUGAACUGUAAAUACUAUUCAACUCUGUUCAGGAGAAAUGCCAGAAUAAAGCCAAAAGACCAUCACUCCAAUAAUUGAUGAGAUUCAAUUUACCUGCCUCUUUUUCUGCAAAGCCUAACUUAAGGUUUGGAUGCUUUAAAAUUACCUUAAUCAUUAUAAUCCUUCAGUGAAUGCUGGGUCCUCUUAAGGAUGAAAUUGCACAAGCUCAGGCCACCAUGAUUUGUUAACUCAUGUCUUGGUGUGUUUGAUUUUACCUUCUUCCGUCCCUGAGGACAGCAAGUCAAUUAAGUCACACAGUAACUCACCUGCAGACCUGCUGAACUUUGGCAUGUAUGACAGUUCACACAAGUUACUAUUGAAUGUAAACUAAAAGAUUAGAAAAACUAUAGUCAAGUUUGGCUGUAAUUUAUGCAACUGCUUCUUGUAAUUUCUAGAAAAGGGGGCACCUGUUGUUACUUUGUUACUGUAAAAUUUUCUUAACCAAAAUUUGGUGAAUUUCACUCACUAGUCAAGUCUACCUCACAUUUUGUUACGUCGUGUCUACAGUAUGUUAUUGUCUUUUCAUUUGGUGAAUGUAUUAAAAUUCCCUCCCACUCCUCA